AUGGCGUUGAGGUUCAGCUCCGGCGACGUUUCCGGGUUCAAGUUAUUGCUCAUUCUGGCGGUGACGUACGGCCUCAUUGCGAUGCUGGUCGACUCUAUUAUCCACAUGCGCUUCAUUAAGCCGCUCGAGAUCGACGCUCCUCUCGAUCGCUUCUCGGAAGCUAGAGCCGUCGAGCAUGUUCGAGUCUUGGCCCAAGAAAUCGAUGGUCGCCAAGAAGGGCGCCCUGGUUUAAGAGAAGCUGCUCAGUAUAUUACAGCUCAAUUGGAAAUGAUAAAGGAGCGAGCUGGGUCCAAUUUUAGAAUUGAGAUAGAAGAGACCGUUGUUAAUGGCACCUUUAAUAUGAUGUUUUUGGGCCAUAGCAUAUCUCUUGGGUACCGAAACCACUCAAAUAUUGUGAUGAGGAUAUCAUCCGAAGAUUCACAAGACUCUGACCCGUCAGUUUUGGUAAAUGGUCAUUUUGACAGUCCACUUGGUUCCCCAGGUGCUGGUGAUUGUGGUUCAUGUGUAGCAUCAAUGCUGGAAAUAGCAAGACUUAUUGUGGAUUCUGGAUGGAUACCUCCUCGGCCCGUGCUUUUUCUUUUUAAUGGGGCAGAAGAGCUUUUUAUGUUGGGUUCUCACGGCUUCAUGAAGACACAUAAAUGGCGUGACACUAUUGGGGCUUUUAUAAACGUGGAAGCAUCAGGGACAGGCGGUCCUGAUUUAGUUUGUCAAUCAGGACCCGGUUCUUGGCCCUCUCAGGUCUAUGCUCAAUCAGCAAUAUAUCCCAUGGCACAUAGUGCAGCUCAGGAUGUUUUUCCUAUUAUUCCUGGAGAUACAGAUUUUCGGAUAUUUUCUCAAGAUUACGGUGACAUUCCUGGCUUGGAUAUUAUCUUUCUCCUUGGUGGUUAUUUUUACCAUACAUCCUUUGAUACAAUGGAGAGACUAUUACCUGGAAGUAUGCAAGCACGCGGAGAGAAUUUGUUUAGCAUAAUUAAGGCCUUCACCAAGUCUUCUAAGCUACAAAUAACACAUGAAAGAGAGUCCAAUAUAUCUACUGCCAAUCAGUAUGAGGAAGGACAUGCUGUUUUCUUUGAUUAUUUAACAUUGUUUAUGAUAUACUAUACACGGAAGGUAGCUAUGUUACUUCACAGUAUUCCUAUUGCCAUCUUCCUAGCUGCGCCAGUUUUCUCAAAAAAGCAGACUCCUGGUCUCCUUUCUUGGUUUUCUACUUUCUGUGAUUUUGCGAAAGGACUGAUAUUCCAUGCUACUGGGAUUUUUCUGGCAAUUGUUUUUCCAAUAAUCUUUUCUAUCCUGAGAUUGCUGUUCACUAGUCAUGCAAUGCACUGGUUUGCUCAUCCAUAUUUGGCUUACUUGAUGUUCAUUCCCUGCUCUCUUGUUGGUAUGUUGAUUCCCAGAAUUAUUUGGAGUAGCUUUCCCCUCUCUCAAGAUGCAGCAGGUCUCAAGUCUUUAAAGGAGGCUUUAUCUGAUGAAGCGAGGUUUUGGGGAGCAUUUGGAUUAUACGCUAUGUUAACUUUGGCUUACCUUUUUGCUGGGCUCAGUGGAGGCUUCUUGACUUUUUUGCUGUCCGCUUCUAUGCUUCCUGGAUGGGUUUCGUACUGCUUAUCCAUCAAAUCAUUUGGUCGCCAGUCACUCAGGUCAACAUUGUUUUACAUGUUACCUAUACUUCCAUGCCUUGCAUACUCUGUAUAUUUUGGUGGAUUUCUUAUACAAUUUAUGGUUGAAAAGAUGGGUAUGAUGGGUGCUUUGCCACCUCCAUAUGGUUUUUUUAUUCCUGACGUUGUAAUGGCAGCAAUAAUUGGAGUUGUGACUGGUUGGUGUGUAGGCCCUCUGAUACCUAUUUGUGGUCAUUGGUUAGCUAGGUCGUCCAUUUUGCAAGUUUUGCUGCAUCUUAGCGUGCUAGGCUUGGCUCUGUCAUCUCAGUUCUUUCCAUAUAGUGCGGACGCACCUAAGAGGGUUGUUUUCCAGCAUUCAUUUCUUACUGCAGAUGCAAAUCAGGUUGUGGACUCCAGCUAUGAUUUUUCGGUGUUGGAUUCCAAUUCUUUACUUUUUCUUUUCAAACAUGCACCUGACGUGGCAAAGGAAUUGCACAUUAAUUCGGAGUCAUCUUUUGAAAUUGCAAAGACAUCUCACCGAGAGAAUUGGAUGGGACUUUUUCCUGUAUCUUUUUUGUUCUCAAGAAGUUUGAAGUUCCCUGCCAGAAGUGAUGGUAUAUUGAAGCAGUACAGGCAGUUUCCCCAUCUGUCCACUUAUGAGCCACAUACAGUUUUUAGUGGGGGAUCGAGGAGAAUAUACUUGGAACUGUCUUUAGGUUCCUUAGAGGAGGUUUGGGUUUCGGUCCUCAACAUAACCGGUCCUUUAUCUAGUUGGUCAUUUGCAGACAAUACACUUCCAGCUACUGAGACAGCUGAUGGAGGUCCACCAUCGUACAUAUGCCGACUUAGCGGAGCCAGCCCUGAGAAUUGGACCUUCUGGUUAGAGGCUAGCAGUUCUGAAGAUUUGAAGGUGGAAGUUGCUGUCAUAGACCAAUAUAUGGUUGACGAAGCGAAACAGCUGAAAGGCCUUUUCCCGGAGUGGGUGGAUGUCGUUGCUUAUUCUGGCUUUUUGUCUAGUUAUAUCUUCUAG